GCGUCAUCUCUGAGCGCCAGGACGAACUGUGCGUUGCUAACCCGCGACAGCACCUGUCUUUGGGUUAUCUUGAGCCGCUUUGCCGGUGUUGAUAAUCGGUUUCCUCUCUAGUCCGUUGCCAAAGCUCCCGGGCUGCCCAUGAACAGCGCCAUGGCUGCGUCCUCACACCGGAUAAUGAUGGGGCCGCUGGUGGCUGCCAUUGACCAGGGCACGAGCUCCACUCGGUUUUUGGUGUUUAAUGCAAAGACAGCAGAGCUCCUCAGCCAUCACCAGGUGGAAAUCAAACAGAGCUUCCCAAAAGAAGGAUGGGUGGAGGAAGACCCCAAAGAAAUCCUGCAGUCAGUUUACGAGUGCAUGGAGCGGACGUGUGAAAAGCUCACCCAGCUAAACAUAGACAUCUCAAACAUUAAAGCUAUUGGAGUGACCAACCAAAGAGAGACCACGCUUGUUUGGGACAAAGAGACGGGGGAGCCCCUCUACAAUGCAAUAGUUUGGUUGGACCUGCGGACUCAAUCAACAGUGGAACGUCUCAUCAACAAAACCCCAGGAAGGAAUAAGAACCACUUAAAGCAUAAAACAGGGCUCCCCAUCAGCACCUACUUCAGCGCGGUGAAACUGCGCUGGCUGAUGGACAACGUGGACGAGGUCCAUGAUGCCGUGGUGUCACACCGCGCUAUGUUCGGCACCGUGGACUCCUGGCUCAUCUGGUGUUUGACUGGAGGGAAGUCUGGCGGCGUCCACUGCACAGAUGUGACCAACGCCAGCAGAACCAUGCUGUUUAACAUUCACACUCUGGACUGGGACCCAGAACUCUGCACAUAUUUUGGUAUUCCCAUGGAGAUCUUGCCCAGAGUGAGGAGUUCUUCAGAAAUCUACGGCCUCAUGAAAUUAUGUUCUAGCCGGAAAUCUGGAGCUCUUUCAGGGAUCCCCAUCUCUGGGUGUUUAGGGGAUCAGUCCGCCGCGCUGGUUGGACAGAUGUGCUUUCAGGACGGGCAGGCGAAAAACACGUAUGGAACUGGCUGCUUCCUCCUGCGGAACACUGGAGCUAAGCCUGUAAUGUCCGAGCACGGCCUUCUGACCACUGUGGCGUACAAACUUGGCCGCGACCAACCUGCAUGUUACGCACUGGAGGGCUCUGUAGCCAUUGCAGGCGCUGUGGUUCGUUGGCUGCAGGACAAUCUGGGAAUCAUCAGUUGCUCUGAAGAGCUCGAGAAGUUCGCAGCGUCUGUCGGCACUUCCUACGGCUGUUAUUUUGUUCCUGCGUUUUCGGGCCUCUAUGCACCCUACUGGGAGCCCAGUGCAAGAGGGAUCAUCUGCGGGUUAACUCAGUUCACUAAUAAGAAUCACGUGGCGUUUGCUGCGCUGGAAGCUGUGUGUUUCCAGACACGGGAGAUCCUGGACGCCAUGAACCAGGACAGCGGUAUCCCCCUCACCCAGCUCCAGGUGGACGGAGGGAUGACGUCCAACAAGCUGCUGAUGCAGCUGCAGGCCGACAUCCUCUGCAUCCCUGUCGUGAAGCCGUCCAUGCCGGAGACCACCGCUCUGGGCGCAGCGAUGGCCGCGGGAGCAGCAGAGGGGGUGAGCGUGUGGAGUCUGAACCCGGAGGACCUGAGCGAAGUCACCUCGGAGAAGUUCGAGCCUCAGAUCAACCCAGAAGGUACCGACUCAUUUCACACUCGGAGAAGCACGUGUCUUCAGGAGCUGCAAAGUAAGAGCUCGUCUGUUUUAUCUGCAGAGAGCGAGUUCCGCUACGCUCGAUGGAAGAAGGCCGUUCAGAAGUCCAUGAACUGGGAGACGACGGAGCCUGUCGGUAACGGAAACGGAGAAGCUAGCAUUUUCAGCAGCAUCCCACUGGGCUUCUACAUCAUCGGCAGCAUUUUGAUGUUAGUCGGUGCGAAACACCUCGCAGGCAACAACUAGGCUCCUGGAGGCCAAAGAGGAAGUGGAACCAACCCUUCUGUUUCCAAAAAGGGCAUCACAGGAAGUCUGCAAUAGUUUGGAAUGACUUUAUUAUUUCCCCCUCCUUGGGUUUUUAUCCACAGCACACAUGAGAUGAAUUGAAGCGGGACUGUGCAUGCAGCUUUUCUUUUUUCACUACGUUGAUGGUCUGAGUUUCUGAAAUGAUUUCUGUAGAAACUUCACUGCAGAUGAUUUUGAGUUUGAAAGAGAAACUCACUGUCAUGUGCUACUUGUUGUUCUUCUCUGUGUUGCUGCAGAGCACUUUAUUAUUCUGAUUUGUAUGUCUUGUGGGAGCUGUGUACUAACAGAGUGUAAUUUAUUAUUUUUCUAUCAGUUGGGAUUAAUACAGGAUGUUUGUAUUGAAAGGAAACAAAGGUAAGGUGCUCUUUGGGGGAAAGGUGACUUUUUUUGUAUAUACUGUAAUAAUUUUAAACAGGAAACAUGAAUUGUGUAAAAGGCAAACAUGCUAUGAAAGGCAAAGGCAAAUUCUUGUUUUGAUGUGUUGGAAAAAUAUAUAUGAACACAUAGAAACAAAGAGUGUAUAUUCGUGUGACUUGCUCCCAAAAUCGAACAGGUGGAACACUGAGCAAAACAAACUGAAAUGGCUGUUAAUAAGUGACUCAUUUUGUGGACUACAAUGAUCUUAAGUGGACUGAAAUGUUCCCCAAAAAACAUCAAACUGACUUCCACUGCAUGCAAAAGAUGUGCAAAUCUUACAUGCAGGACUUCAUAUGUUCAAAGAAUUUAUCUCGAUUAAAAGGGAGUUUCUUUUUAAUUCAGACACCUAAAUUCUAGGCCUCUGAGUCAUGGUUUGAAGAGUUAAUCUUAAGGAAGGAAGGCGUGUAUUUAUUCUGUUGCCCAACAUUCAUCAUGUUUGUCUUCUCCGAUUUGAUUUGUACUUGAUCGUACUUGCUCCAAAUGUCAUGUAGAUAUUUGCAUAACUGAAGGUAUUAAAAUACUGCGCUCAAAGUGCUCUUUUGGAUUCAAACACAAUUGGAAAUCACCUCACAUUAGAAAAACGGACCUCAAAUGCUAGCAAGACCUUUUAACUGUGAAACUGGGUUUUGAUGAUGAAUGGUUGCAUAUGGAACAAUGUCUGCACAGUUCGCUAGUGUCAUUCCCUUCAAUGUAAAGGAAAGACCUGUAUGGCUAGUACUGCUGGGCUAGAAAUAGUGUGAGGUCAUGUAUUUAAACAGGUUCUCUGGGAGAGUAAUUGUCACAAACAUAUUAACAGUGUGCAAACUGAAUUAAAAACAAGAAAUAUGACACCAA